AUAAUGGUUCACCUUUUUGAGGGUAGAGCGCAGGGUGCUGUAUUUUAAACCAUACUAGUCAGUAGUCACCCAAUAGAUCAAUAAUGGAGUUGCAUUUUUUGCAUUAGACAGGCUCUGAUAGUGGAAUGGCUAAAUGGUUAUGCUCAUGUUUGGUCCCAAAUCCGAAUCCAUAUAGGCGGUGUUGGGUAAGGAACUUGAUGGGGGUAGAUGAUAUUUUUGUUUGAAAUUCUUGUUCUUUGUCAUCAAGUAUCAUUUCAAUAUCGUCUGUUUUAGUUUGAGAUUACGUUUGCAGAACCAAAUAUGCAGAUAUAGUGAAAAUGCGGGACAGAAGAAGAAAUAAAACAAGAUGUAAACUUGUUUCCUUUGGUUGCAAUCAGAAACCAAGAUAGAAGUCAACUUUUUAGUUUGCUGUAAUUAGAUGACAGAAGAUUUUUUAAAUGUGGUAAGAAGCUUUAGGAUGAUCCAAUAAGUGUAGUAAAUAGUGCAAUGACAUGGAUUGGCACAGUUUGUCGGUUUCCUUUUUUUAAGAUGAGUAUUGGUUAGAGGAGGGAUCUGUGAUUAUCUAGAAUAUAUUCUAUGAGAAUUCUUGUACUAGUACUUGAGGUGAAGGUUGUAUGGUCCUCUCGGUGUACAAUUAUCCUUCUUUUAUUAUUAAUAUUCGGGUGUGGAGCUGAGCCUCUUAAUUAGGCUAGGUUCCAAACCCUUUCCCAAAAAAAAAAAAAUUGCGCGAUGACAUGGAUUACCAGCCAGUUUCCAUAAUCCAUCCUGAGCUUUCCUUGGAAUAUACCUGUCAUGGACUAGGCCAUACAUCAUUUGCAAUGUCUCCAUAUGUACCUGUUCCUUUCAAUUGUACUUUGUAAGCACGUCCAUGAAAAAAUUGUAUGCUUUGGCUUACACAUAAAUGUUUAUAUAACGAAUAUAUUACAGCCGGCCAUGUUUCUUCUGAGCCAUCGUGGAAAGUCCACACUGCUUCAAGAAUAUUCAUGGGAUAACGAAAGAUACCAUAAUACUAUUAGAGUAGUCUUAUUGGUCAAAUUGAUGGAGUUUCUUAUGCAUUGUCCUUCCUCUUCUUGAAAAUAUAAUGUCCAUUUCGCGUGUAAUCUAAUUUCUUACACUUACAUAUCUGCAAGUUUGUAGAAAACUAUUUAUUCUGCUGUACUCUAUCUCCUGUUAAAUGUCGAGUUGCUCGAGUACACCGCCAAGCAGUGGACAAUUACUUGCCAUUUUUGUGGGAUUCGUAGUCGUUUUUGUGAAGAUCACAUUAUUGGUUGCAGUAUGCAGGAAAAGGAAUCAGAGUAGGAUUUCUGAUAAACCAAGUUUUCUCACUCUCACAAUGGACAAAUUUCUGAAUGACAUGGAAAGAGAGAAGCCCAUCAGAUUUACUUCUCAACAACUUCGGAUUGCAACUGAUAACUUCACCAACUUGCUGGGAUCAGGAGGGUUUGGUGCAGUUUAUAAAGGAAUAUUUAGUAAUGGAACCCUUGUGGCAGUCAAGGUUCUAAAUGGUACCUCUGACAAGAGAAUUGAAGAACAAUUCAUGGCGGAGGUUAGUACUCUUGGCAGGAUUCAUCAUUUCAACUUGGUUCGUCUUCAUGGUUUCUGCUUUGAGAGACACCUCAGAGCACUUGUUUAUGAGUAUAUGCCAAAUGGUUCACUUGACAAGUUUCUGUUCCAUGGAAACAGGAUUGUAGGAUUCGAAAAGCUUCAUGACAUUGCGGUUGGGACAGCUAGAGGGAUUGCUUACUUGCACGAAGAAUGCCAGCAGCGAAUAGUCCACUACGACAUAAAGCCUGAAAAUAUUCUUUUGGAUGUGAACUUCUUUCCUAAAGUAGCUGAUUUUGGCUUGGCGAAGCUGUCCAACAGAGACAACAGUCAUAUAACAAUGACAGGGGGGAGGGGAACUCCUGGUUAUGCUGCACCAGAAGUUUGGCUGCGGUUUCCUAUAACCCACAAGUGUGAUGUGUACAGCUUUGGUAUGCUAUUAUUUGAGAUCAUAGGUAGAAGAAGGAACCUAGACCUGAAUCUUCCGGAGAGUCAAGACUGGUUUCCGAGGUGGGUAUGGAAGAAGUUUGAAGCUGGACAACUGGGAGAGCUAAUGCUAGUUUGUGGCAUAGAGGAGAAAGAUAAAGAGAUAGCAGAGAGAAUGGUAAAAGUAGCUAUAUGGUGUGUUCAGUAUAGGCAUGAGUUGAGGCCUUUGAUGAGUGUGGUGGUGAAAAUGCUCGAAGGAGCACUCGAAAUUCCAAAACCUUCAAUUAACCCAUUUCAGCACUUGAUGCCGGGCACUCCUAUCAUGGUAGCAUAUAGCACUAGUGCGUUCGACACUGAUUCCUCUCAAACGAUAACUGGAUAUAGGUUCUUGCGUGGUACUCCUAUCAUGAACAAAUACGAGAUUGAAAUAGCAUCCAUCUAGUGAAGCAGGCUGAAGUAGCUGCCUUCCUCAUUUUCUUUCUUUCCCUCUUGCAAAAUGUCAUAUCUUUCAAUCUUGUACGUUACGUACACAGGCACAUGUUUUUCACUUUUUUGAUGUACAGCUCCUCAAAGUAUGCUAAUCAGUAGUUAUCAUUGGUAUGUAAAACAUUCAAAUUGCUAUUUUUUAUGUUCCAUGACAUUUCUUAAUUGGUACUAAUAUUGG